AUGGCCUUUUUAAGCAGGGACGAUAAAGAUAUUGCUCAACCAAUGGAACUUUCAUUAUUUGCCUCUCCCACUAAUCAAGUAGCGGUUGAAAAAGUCUACUUCACGGAAGCAAGACCCAUUUCCAGCCUCAGUGCGGACAGUCCCAUUGAGAUGGAUGAAGGCAACUUAAGCGAUGCAAAUGCCUACAACGGGGGAAAUGCUGGAUUGGUCCUACGUUACGGGUACACACAGCAGAGUCAAACCUUUGAAUUAGAAGGAAAUUUGAUGGAAGACAUAUUUGACAUAGAUAAAUACUUAAUCAACGGGGUAGAUAUUUACAUUAAACUGUUUAGAUCCAGUGCACCAUUCGUAAUUAUGUCAGCUGCCACUUCACCUGCCUAUAAGUUGGAAUUACAGGAUGUUGUCUACAAAGUAGCUAAAGUCCGUGUAGAUCCCGGUAUUUUACUAAAUCAUACCAAACAAAUAGAAACGACUCCUGUCAAAUACCCCAUCACUAGGAAUGAAUUAAAGAUGAACACAAUCCCAAAAGGCUCGACCGAAUUUUAUUGGGAUAACAUUUUCCCACAGGCAAUACCGGAUCGCCUGGUUGUGGCCUUGGUUGAUCAAAAAGCUGUCAACGGAGAUUACACCAAAAAUCCGUUCAAUUUUGAAAAUUUAGACCUCACUGAUGUAGGAGUAUACAUCAAUGGAGAAAGUGUUCCAGGAAGACCCUUACAGACGGAUUUUACGGCUGGACAUUUUUCCACAGCCUACACACGACUGUUUGAAGCUUGCGGAAAAUGGAAUCGAGAUGAAGGUCUAAUCAUUACCAGAAGCAAUUUUGGUAACGGAUAUUCCCUUUUUGUGUUUACCAUAGAUCCAUGUGGAUUUGGCGAGAAAUAUCUUAACCUGAUCCGAAGGGGUAACACCAGACUGGAAUUGAAAUUCAAACAAGCAACAACCAAAGCUGCCAACGCAUUGGUGUUUGCCACCUUCUCUUCUUUGUUAGAAAUAGACAGAUCACGUGAUAUUAACAAUAUUCAACCAUGA